AUGCGCAAGUCAUCAAGUGGGACUACAAUAAGAGGUAACAUACCGCCAUUUACUCUCACAGGCGAUUUUAAUAAUGCUCCAUAUCCGAUAUUACUAUUAAACAAAAAUCCAUGGUGGACAACAAGUACAAUAUAUUCCGAUUUUGUUCAUUCACCACCAGAAAUUUAUUUUUGUUAUCCACCAUCAAUUAUUGGUUCGUGGUUUAGUCAUAACGAAGCAUAUCAUUAUUUUCAGACGUUGAUUGAUAGAGAUAUUGUAUUUCGAGAAGAGACACGAAAACAGCGUCGUAUAGUAGAAAAAUUACCACACCGGAGCAAACAAACUAAAUUGAACAAGUCAAAUCAUGAGUUCGACACAAAAUUUUCAAAAGUUGUACAUAAUUCGAACUUUACAACUGAACUUAAAGAAGGCCAAGUUGCAUGGGAUAUUACUGAAGAUCCCAUGAUAUUGAGCGAAUACAAAAAGAGACGAAUGAGAAACAACAAAGCGAAAAAAUUACUGGAAAACCCCACUGCUUGGGAGCGUCUAGUCGAAAGAUCAAUACAACUCUUAGCCGAUAUGAAAGAAGACAGAAUUAAUUUACAUUCGGACAUUUUACAAGGCAAAAUUGGUAAUGAAUUGAAAACAGAAGAAGAAAUAAGAAAACUUAACGAAUUAGAUGAUCCAAAUAAUAAACGUUGGAUAAUCAAGCAACCGCGUCGAUGCACACACGAAUUUCUUCAAGCCAAAAUAAAAAAUAUAAUUGAAUUACAAAAUUUGUGCGAAUCUUCAACAGAUAUGUAA